AUGCAGAGACAUUACCGGCCGGUAGGGGAAAAGGAAUCAUACCGUCGUCGGCUUACGGGUGCGCCACCGUUCGCAAGCAUGCUCCGAUCGUACAAACUGUACCUGAUGCUGCUGAUCAGCUCGAUCUUCUUUAUCGUGUGCCAGAACCAGGGUUCCAUCACCAGCCUCGUCAGCAAUGUGGCGGCCGCCUCUUCCGCGUCGGUGGACGAUAUGCCCGAGGGGGUGGCGGCCCCACUGCAGGCACUCGGUAACGAUGGCAUUGAACUGCUGUACGGCGAGUCCGAGCCUGCGCUCGGUGCGGAAAAGAUACGCUCGAGAAGCCUUAACUUCAAGGAUGUGCCAUUGAAGCAGAGCGACCGGUCGUCCUCUACUGCCGCGGCGACGAGCAGUUCGGCAGCAACAACAUCCACCACAACCACGGUCAGGACGAUGCCGACAACGACCACCACGAAGGUGGCACCGACGGUGACGAGCGCCAAGGGUUCCCCCAGUGCUGCCGACGCUGGAACGGACGGUAGAGUGACUGAUGUGCCGUAUCGAUUUCCGGUGGACACGAAGCUGCUGCCCCCGCUGUACAUCAUCACACCGACGUACCGACGGCCGGAACAGAUACCGGAGCUCACCCGGCUCGGUUACACGCUGAAGCACGUGCAGAACGUACUGUGGAUUGUGGUCGAGGACUCGGAGAAUCGAACCACCGCUGUCGCCCGGCUGCUGGAGGAGAUUGGCGUACCAUUUGUGCAGCUUGCCGCUCCCAUGCCAGCCCAGUACCGCAAGCAAAAGGUUAAACCACGAGGUGUGUCAAACCGUAACCGAGCGCUACAGUGGAUCCGGGCGAACGCAACGGAAGGAACGCUGUACUUUGCCGACGAUGAUAACACGUACAAUCUGAAGUUAUUCGAGCAGCUCCGUCACGUACGCAAAGUCGCCAUGUUUCCGGUGGGUCUAAUCUCCAAGUACCAGGUCAGCUCACCGGUCGUGAAGAAUGGUACGAUAACGGGCUUCUACGAUGGUUGGCUCGGCGGGCGGAAAUAUCCGCUGGAUAUGGCCGGGUUUGCCGUGUCGGUGAAAUUUCUGCACGCACGCCCCAAAGCCCAGAUGCCAUUCAAGCCCGGUUACGAAGAGGAUGGUUUCCUGCGCAGCUUGGAACCGCUCGAGCUGAAGGAGGUGGAGCUGCUGGCAUCGAACUGUACGGAGAUACUGACAUGGCAUACGCAGGCAAGGAAAAAUCCGCCCGCACCUGCACUGGAUCGGAAGAAGUACGGUGGCACGAACCUGGUACAGCUCACCAGUUGGCUCGUGUAG